AUGAAGCGCGCAGCCGACGACUCCGACGACGCGCCCGAGACCUCCACGAAAAGGCCCCGCGGCGCCCACACCACGACCAAGGCGCUCCUCAAAUCCAUCCUCGCAAACCCCAAGGGGUAUCCCAUCUCCGCCAACGAGGACGUCGUGCGCAAGUCGCUGGUCGAUCUCGCCAAGUACGCGCAAUGGCUCGAGACGCAAGUCGCUGCGGUAGACGGUCCCGUCGCGGGCAGCAGUGCUACUGCAGCCAAGAAGAAGUCGGCAGCCGCGCCCGCGCCCGCCGCGAAGACCAAAGCGCAACUCGAGGCGGACGCUGAGAAGCUGAGGAGAGCCGUGGUCAGUGGUAUUAAGAAGCAGAUGUCGUGGAAGCCUUCGUGUAAAACAGGCAGUGCAAAGUGGCUGUACGACGGCAUCUGCCCCGACCCUGAAGUAUUCGGGGUAUUGCUGGGGUUGGGUGGCCCACCCACCUUCAAGCAGAAGAAGGUUCCCCUGGAGGACUUCGAGAAAUGCAUGGGCGAGAUCACGGGCUCCGUACGAUACGACACCCUAUUUAUCACGAGCGGCCAUGUCAACGUGCGUUGGUCCGACACGGGUGAGUUCAAAAUAAGCGGAACGUACGGCAAAUACAAGCCAAUGAACACUUCCGGCUAUUGA